UACUUAAUGGAGUACAAUUUAGAAUAUGUUUUCUACUGGUCCUAUCGAUGGAUUUUUUGAUUAAUCUACGACACUUGAUUUAUAUAGAAGUGUCUAAAGAUAAUUUCAAUAGUUAGCAUGUCCUUUAGAAAGUGUAGGAAAUACAGAGGAAAAUCGUGAUAUUUAUUUAACAUGUUUAACUUUAUUAGAUAAAAAUAACGACUUAAAUAACUAAUAAGGAGUUUUUAUAAAUAGUUUACAUCACGCUAGAGAAGUUAUGUCACUUACAAUGCAACUUUAUACAUAUGCAUAUUUAAUUUAUUAAUAUUUUUAGGGGGAUUAACAAACAAUUGAUUUUUUAAAAAAUAAUGUUAUUUGGUUUAUUCCAGUUGUUAAUGUUGACGGAUAUGAAAUGUUAAUGUAGAAUUUUAAUGAUAAUGAUAUAAAAAAAAAUAUCAGAAAAAAUAGAAAAAUCGAAAAAUAGUGUGAACAUAAUGUAUUGUAAGGAGUAGAUCUAAAUAGAAACUACGGGACAGCAUUUGGAAUUGAUGAUAUAGGAAGCUCUCCGGAUCCUUGCAGUAUAACUUAUAGAGGAUAAUAAGCUUUUUCAGCUAAAGAAACACAAAAUAUAUAAAAAUUUCUUGAUUUAAGAAAAAAUAUUAAAGUUGCAUUUAAUUUGCAUUCAUAUGGAAAUUUAUGGUUAGUUCCCUUUAAUUAUAUAAGUGAUAAAGAAAAUAAUUUAUUGAAAUAAAUGCAAAAAUAUUACAUAAUUUAUUAAGAAUUUUUUGCUUAAGCUAAUUUUUCAU